UCAGCAGUGGGUUGUUUUUACAUUUCCUACAUCAAAUGUCGCAUUUUUUUUUUUGAGAAUGUUGAUUGAAAUUUUGUAAAAUUGCUGCCGAAAUCUAUUUUCUAAAUACUCGACCACAAGAUAGUUAAUACAAAGAUACAAACUAUGAACAAACUCAAACUGAACCAGAAGGACAAGGUAAAGAAGUUUAUUUCUCUCACACAAACCGGAGAGCAGACAGCAAUAUAUUGUUUGCAAAACAAUGAUUGGAAAUUAGAUUUGUCGUGUGACAAUUACUUCCAAAACCCGGACAUCUACUACCGGGAACUAGAUCGCAAAAAAAUCGACCAACUUUUCAACCGGUAUCGCGAUUCUGCCGAUCCCAGCAAAAUUAGCUCAGAUGGCGUAGUGAAAUUUCUCGACGAUCUGUACCUUAGUCCCGAGUCUAAAUUAGUGCUCAUCAUAGCUUGGAAGUUCAAAGCGGAAAUGCAGUGCGAAUUCAGCAAGGAUGAAUUUGUAAAUGGAUUCAGCGACUUAGGUGUAGAUAGCAUAGACAAGCUGAAAGCUAAGCUUCCCCUGCUUGAGGUAGAACUGAAGGAUCCUAUGAAAUUUAAAGAUUUCUAUCAAUUCACGUUCAACUAUGCGAAAGAUCCGGGCCAGAAGGGGCUCGAUCUGGAGAUGGCCAUCGCUUACUGGAAUAUAGUACUUAAGGACAGGUUUAAAUUCCUCGAGCUCUGGUGCAAAUUUCUUGUGGAAAACCACAAACGAUCAAUCCCAAAGGACACCUGGAAUCUCCUGCUCGAUUUCGCAACAUACAUCGAUGACAGCAUGUCCAACUACGACGCGGAAGGUGCUUGGCCAGUUUUAAUCGAUGAUUUCGUCGAGUGGUGCUUGCAGCAGAAUAAAAUCAGUCAUCCUUCAGUGAUCACUUCAACUAGUGCCGUAGUCCACUUACCGUCCACUUCGUCAACCUCUCCGCCAUCAUCGACAGCCAACCCAUAUAGUGCCAGCAAGGGCAACCCUUACAGCAGUACGGCAAACAUGUAUUAUUAGGAAAUUCUUUUUGUUGAUACGUUUGUCUUUGCGAGUUGAUGAUGAAAACUAUCCCGUUGUUUUAAUUCACUGCAUCUCUAUUGCCUAGAUAUUGUGUGAGGGUAAAUUAUCUUUGGUUUGCAAAAUUUGUACUGAAACAAUAGAAAAAAAACAUGCGUUACCGAUCAGGAAUGAAAUACCAUUGCGAAUGGGCGCGAUAUUUGUCAGCUCAUAGAACUAGUUCUAAAGAAUACACGCACCUUACCUGUUCAUGCUUAUUUAAAAACAAAACUCGGAAACAAACUAAAUUUCAACAGAAGGAUAGUAGUGAUGUACAGUAACGUUUCGUUUAACAAAAAAUGUAGUAAAGCAGGAAAUUAUUUCAAUUCAUUGAAUGUUGAAUACAUACAUACUACUCUAUUAUUAUAAAUACCAUCAUUUGAAAAAUGAUGCAAUAAAAUGUUUUUCUCGCUAA